AUGGACAUUUUGCCAAAGGGGACUUGUCUCUAUGCUGCCUUGCUUAUGGUUCAGUGUUUGCAGGUGCAGUCUGAGCAGAGCUGUGAUCAGAGACAAUUCUUACAUCCUAAUGGCACCUGUGUUGCAUGCCCUGUAUGUGGGCCUGGAGAACAACUCUCAGAGGACUGUGGCUUUGGAGAUGGUGGUGAAGGAGUCUGUAUGCCGUGUGAAGAAGGGAAGUUCAGCUCUGAAACAGGUGUGGCUCUCUGCAGAAGAUGCACCCAGUGCAGUCUGCUGAACCGCCUGGAGAAGACAGCGUGCUCAUCCACCAGUGAUGCCCUGUGUGGGCAAUGCCUCGCAGGGUAUUAUGAACUCAGGAGCAUGACUGGGGAGGUGGAACUGCUCUGUGUGCCUUGUUACAGCCAUGACACAGUCCGUAAAGAGUGUUUGCUUUUGAAAGCUAGAGGCUCUAAAGUAGAGAAUGCCGUCACUGUUCCCAGGGGAAGUUUCAAAGAACCUGAAGAGAAGAGAAUAAAAGAAGAAACAUUGUCAGUUGUCCUGAUUGGUUCAGCAACAGCUUCCUCAAUUUUCCUGGUUGCUCUGCUGCUUUGGAUUUUCCUACUGGCUGCUGAGAGAUUCAAGCAGGUUCCAGAGUAUGGUCCUGGACCUGAGGGACGAUUGUCUGCAGCAGAUCUUCAGCACACACCUUUGUCCAGCCUCACGGACAGAACAGCGAAACAAUCGGAAGCCCCUGCUCCAGCUGAAGAGUCCUCAAGAGGCCUAAACUCACUGAGCCAUGAGAAUGAGGUGAAUCCUACUUCUAUUGUGAUUAAUGUCACCACCAACAUCAAGCCCUCCAGUCAGAAGACAGAGGACACCACACAGGAGGACCAGCCAAGCAGCGGCUAUGCCACAGAAGAGAUGGAACAAAAACUGCAGACAAUAUGGGAGAUGGCUCAAGGUCACAGUAUUGAGAUACUCAACUAUGACACAGUCCAGGACUUGUCCCUGCUGCUUGACUCUACUGACAACAAGAACAUGUUGAGGAGACUGGGACGGUCUUUGGGUGUCCCACCUCAGGUCAUCACUCAUCUCCAAGGCUUCCAGGAACUCUUUCAGUAUCUGCGCACCUCCACCUACACACUGCUGCCCCAGCUGGCCCAGGCUGCUGCACUCUUGCCUAAUCCUGAAGUUGUUGCUAGGAUACACAGAGCUGUGGUGAACAAGUGA